ACUGUUAGUAGUAGCACGCACAUCCGCUGGGCACUUACCAACUCUGUUGUCUACACACUAUACUAAAGCAGUUGUAAAACACAGUCAUCACAGUGUGCACGUGAAAGAGCAUAAAUCGUGUGAAAAAUUAUUUUUUACUGCUUAUACAUUUAACUUUAAUUAUGAAUAAUAAAGAAAAUCAACAUAGUGUGUCAUUAGUUUUGAUUUCGGCCCUCACCGCUGUAGCAUUUUUAUUAAUCAACCUCAAAUAUUGUAUACUUUAUGUAAUUCCAGUUUUGGGUAUAGGAUGGUUUAUGAUUAAUUACUGGAAUUUACUGAUCAGAGUUUGGCAAACACUUCCAAGAGACGCAAUAUUAAUCAAAAACUAUAUUAUAUAUUUCAUUAAGAUAAGGAGAUGGAAUUUAUUAGGAUACAACACGUAUGCUAAAAUUUUCCAAAGAAUUGUUUUAAAACAGCCUAAUAAAAUAGCAUUUAAGCAUGAAGAUUCUUCAUGGAGGUAUAUAGAGGUAGAAGAACGCAGCAAUCAAAUUGCCAAUUAUUUUAAACAACAAGGUUUUAAACGAGGUGAUGUAAUAGCUUUGUUUAUGGAAAGUAGCCCAGAGUAUGUGUGCCUUUGGUUUGGUUUAUCAAAAAUUGGUGUUAUCUCAGCUCUAAUUAACAAUAAUUUACAAGCUGAAACAUUGGUACAUUCCAUAAAAGUAUCUAACUGUACAGCAAUUAUAAUCGGCAAAGAACAAAUCAAUGCAUUGAUGAACAUUGUUAAUACAACUGUUGAUGAUAAAUUAAAAGUUCUAUUCGCUUCGUCCAAUGUGUACAUAUCGAAUUACACUAAUGACACUACUUUAACUAAUACGCAAUUAAAUAAUGCAACUAACUUAAAUGAAAAACUAAAAGAAGUAUCAAAAAAUGCUCCUGUUAAAGAAAUUUCAGAAGGUAAAUCUAGUGACCAAAUGUUAUACAUUUAUACAUCAGGGACUACAGGUAUGCCAAAGGCUGCUAUUAUGACCCAAUCAAGGGCAAUAUAUAUGGCAAUGGGAGCCAAACAAAUUGCUGGUAUAUAUGAACAUGACAUUAUAUAUACUCCAUUACCAUUGUAUCAUACUGCUGGUGGUAUAUUGGGUGUUAGUUCAGUUCUUUUAGGAGGUGCUACUUGUGUUAUAAGAUCAAAAUUUUCAGCAUCUAAAUACUGGACAGAUUGUCUUAAGUAUGAAUGUACAGUUGCACAAUAUAUAGGUGAAAUGUGUCGUUAUUGUUUAGCUUCACCUCCAUCAUAUGCUGACAAUGCUCAUCAGGUUCGAAUGGUUAUUGGAAAUGGUCUUCGACCUCAGAUAUGGGAAGAUUUUACCAGGCGUUUUAAUAUACAGAAAGUAGCAGAAUUUUAUGGAGCUACAGAAGGAAAUGCCAAUAUGAUAAAUGCAACAAAUAAAGUGGGAGCAGUAGGAUUUAUUCCAUUCAUUGGAGAACCAUUUUAUCCUGUCACUUUAAUUCGUGUAGAACCAGAUACUAAUGAACCAAUCCGAGGAGCAAAUCAUCUUUGUAUUAAAUGUGAAGUUGGAGAACCUGGAUUAUUGGUUGGGAAAAUAAUAAAAACAACAGAAAAUUCUUUUAGUGGUUAUGUAGAAAAAUCUGCGUCUGAAAAAAAAAUCAUCAGAAACGUUUUUCACAAAGGAGAUCAAGCAUUUAAUUCUGGUGAUGUAUUGAUUCGUGAUGAACACAACUUUUUUUACUUUAAAGACCGUACUGGAGAUACGUUCAGGUGGAAAGGUGAGAAUGUUUCUACAUCGGAAGUUGAAGCGGCUAUCAGUAAUAUAGUGAAAUUAAAAGACUGCAUAGUUUAUGGAGUAGAGGUACCGAACACAGAAGGUAAAGCUGGUAUGGCUUCCAUUGUUGAUGAAGCAGGAGACUUGGAUUUUGAUAAAUUAUGUGCUGGUAUCAACAAGCAGUUACCAGCCUAUGCACGACCAUUAUUUUUAAGAGUUAUUAAAACACCUGUAUCACUCACUGGUACAUUCAAAAUGAAAAAAAAUGAUAUUCAAAAUGAAGGAUAUGAUCUUACAAAGGUGGGCAACGAUUCAUUAUACUUCAAUGAAGGAAGCAAAUUUGUACCUCUUUCUCAAGAAUUACAUGAAAAAAUCACAAACGGAAUAAUAAGAUUAUGAAUUACUCUAUACAAUUUUUUUUCUGACCAUUGUACAUAUUGGUUCGCAAGGGAUUUUUAAUGUAAUCAAAUUGUUGUUUACUUAUUCACAUAUGGUGAUUUACAUUGUAUAAUGUUUAAAAGAAAAACCAAAGACUUGACAUUUUUUUUAGGAUUAAAGAAGUGUUUCCUUUUUGUACAUCAACUAAACAUUAAGUUUUUUGUUAUAAUAUUUGAUCAUUGUUUUAAAAUUUUUUAAUAAAAGUUUAUGUUACUUUUAUUCAA